CCUAGUUGGAAUGAAUACUGUCUUUCACAACAGGCAUGUUAUCUCCCCUCCUCUUCUGUGAGCAAGAUGAUAAAGGACUAUCACACCUAACAGAACUCUACAUAGUCAGGCUCCCCUUUCACUGAACUUCCUACAGUCAACAUCUGUGGAACUUUUCACAGCCGUGUUUUCUUUCCUAAAUUUGCUGGCAUUAUAAGCAGCUCAAAGAUUUUUCAUCACAACUCAAUCAGACUGCAAGCAGACUGCAAGAGGUUCACAUUCAGGACCUGUUGUGAGGAAUGAACAGCCAAGCAGACUCUUCAGGCCUGUUACUCAACAUCUCCCUGGCAAGUUCAGAGCAAUGUGGCAAAGAGAGUCACAUGGAAAACAUCCUUUUUGCUAUUUUCUACCUUCUCAAUUUCAUCCUAGCCUUUCUGGGCAACGUUCUAGCACUCUGGCUUUUCAUCCGGGACCAAAAAUCAGAUACCCCUGCCAACGUUUUCCUGAUGCAUCUGGCUGUAGCCGAUCUGUCUUUUGUGCUCAUUUUACCAACUCGGUUGGUCUACCACUUUUCAGGCAAUCACUGGCCAUUUGGAGAGCUUCCCUGCCGACUCACAGGGUUUCUUUUCUACCUCAACAUGUAUGCCAGCAUCUACUUCCUCAUGUGCAUCAGCAUCGAUCGCUUCUUAGCUAUCGUGCAUCCUGUGAAGUCCCUCAAACUCCGCAGGUCCAUCUAUGCUCAUUUGACCUGUGCUUUCCUGUGGGUUAUAGUGGCUGUGGCCAUGGCACCACUUUUGAUCAGUGUGCAGACAGUUGAGAUGAACAACACUACCAUCUGCCUCCAACUCUACAGAGAAAAGGCAUCACGCCAUGCUCUUGUAUCACUGGCUGUAGCAUUUACUUUUCCAUUUUUUACUACAGUAACUUGCUAUUUACUGAUCAUACAAAGCCUGAAGAAGGGGCACCGCAUUGAAAAUCAUUUAAAGGAAAAAGCCAUCAAAAUGAUCAUCAUGGUUCUUAUGAUCUUCUUGGUCUGCUUUGUGCCCUAUCAUAUCAAUCGCUACAUUUAUAUCCUCAAUUAUGAUGGUGUGAAGACUUCUUGUGAAAUGCAGCGGAUCCUGGCACUUGGCAAUCGCAUUACUUCCUGCCUCACCAGCUUAAAUGGCGCCCUAGAUCCCAUCAUGUAUUUCUUUGUUGCUGAAAAGUUUCAAGAGGCUUUGUGUGGUUUGUUUUGCAGCAAAAGAGCUGUGAGGUUACCUUCAAGUUAUGAUGGGAAAACAAAUGACAGCUCUUUAAGUGCUAAAUCUGAACUGUAAAUACAUGAAAACAAAUAUUUCCUCAACAAAACUUUGCUUUAAUUCCCUAGAAAGCAGAACAGCUUUUCUCCAAAAGCACAAGAUCUAAUACUUAAUUUUUAAGGAAACAAGGCAUAUACAACAAUCUAACUGGGGAGGGGUAGUGAGGUGGUAGAUGGCUGCCACUUCCAAAGCCCUGCAGUUCCCUGCUGGCCAGGAUGGAUGGUAUCUCCCAUUUUUCCCCUUCUACUAGCAUUUUUUAAGGUUUUC